AGCGUGGGUGUGUGCUCCAGUGUGCAGCGUGUUAAAAACACGGAGCCCAGUGGUCCCGGUGAGUCACUCCGUGAUGUUCGUUUUUCCAUGCUGACGACCACCGCGAGCUCAUCGCUCUUCGCGUGAACUUUUUUCCGAGUUGUUUUUAAAUUAUUAUUAUUAUUAUUAUUUUUAUUAUUAUUAUUAUUGUGGAAGGUGUGCGUGUCAAGCGCGCAGACGCACACCGUCGAACGAUGGACUACCACGCUUUAUGCACCAUUUGUGGAUUUUUCGUGGCGUUGCUGAGCGCUCUCCCCGGCACGUGCGCACAGAAAACUAAGUGCGGCCUCUCGGAAUUCUGGAAUUCCGACCUGGACGCGUGUGUGCCGUGCGCAUCCUGCAAGCAGUACCCCAAGACGCCGUCGUGCAACACAUGCAAACUGGUGGAGGAGACGUCGGACGUUUGGAAGCUGGCAGCCAUCAGUAGCUUCUCGGUGCUGGCCGUGGUCCUGGUGGGCGCCGCGCUCAUCAUUGGGGUCAUGGUGCAUCGGCGCAAAUCGCACAAACUGCCUCUACGAGAGCCAAUUGAAGAAACUGCAGGGCCACUUUAUCAAGCUUAAACAUUUCACCUCGUCUUCCUCCGGAAACAAAACCAUGUGACCGACAGAAGCAAGCAGUGACCGCCCCUUCCCCCCUAUCCGCCCCCACCGAGGCCUGACCUGACCUAAGGACCUUCCGGACUGCCCACUGUGUGCUCUGACUGACUGAGCGACCACAGGCUUUCCCCUGACAACGAAUACUUUUUUUUUUUUUUUUUUUAAAGGACCCUUAUUUAACUGCAGAAACGGCGACAUCACGCUAGGGCGCCUUUGAACGAUGCCCCCCCCACCCACCCCGCCCCCAGGUAGAAUGAACACUUGGACCCUCACAAGUGGGCUGUUAUCUUACGUAACAGAAUGAAUGUAAGUAUGAAGAGGUCAAAGGUCGGGCUUCACACUGUCGGGGUCUGUUUGAAUGUAGCUAACGUUUAGGUGAAGCGUCUUCUCUCUAGACAAUCGUGCACUGUUACUGCGGCUCCCGCCGACGCCGACCGAACCGCGCGCGCGCGCACACACACACACACGCACUACUUUUACACUACUUUUUCUGUCUGUGUCAACUCUAAUCAAAUCAAAUCGUGAUUCUAUCGGCGGAGGCAAGCUAUCGCCAACGACACUUCAUGUGGAAAUACUGACGACUAUUUGUUUGUUUGUUUUCCUUCCAUCAAAAGGACUAUUUGGGCCACACUGACUGGAAAGCGGGAACAUUUAAAACGGUUUGACAACAGAGUGUGAAAAAAAGCUCCCGUUCAGCUGUUCUAGAAGGCUUUUUUUAAUGUACAGGUUAUUUGUUUAAAAAGUGCCAUUUUUCUGUCUUGUCUGCAGUGCGGCCCAAAUAGUCGUUGGUUGAAAGCCUUCAAAUCUUUUUUUUCCUCUGCCACGACAAGGUGCGCAAAAUUUCGAUUGCGGGACUGAAGCUAGAAAAAGUCAACACACCCAAUGUUCAUAUGUGAGGUGUUUUCCUCGUUGCUUUUAAAGAUCACUUUUUUGUCCCCGACAGAGAUUACCCAUAUUGAUGAAUAUAUUUUAGGGAGUGUAUGGUUAACAUUCAACGUAAUGCUUUUUUUAAUUUUUUUUUUUUUUUUUUUUGUAAAUUACAAGCAAAUUUUCUUCAGAUUUUUGGAUUUGUCAAAAGUUCUACCAGGCCAGCUGUGAUUUGAACUAACAUCCUCCUAAUGAGUUCAAUGCCCCCCCCCCUCCCCCGAAUCGAUAUCAAUGUCGUAUACAUGCACUGGCUUCUUUUGACCCGAUUGCAGUCGUCUGAAUAGCUUUUGAGAACCAAAAUGUAUUUUCACAAUAAAACGUUGAACUUGGAA